CUUUUCUUCUCUGGUUAUUAUACACGGAGCCACGUGAAAAGAAACGCGCGAACGAGUAGAUUUGGAGUAUUUUUCUAUUUUUUAAAUAUAAGUGGCUACUGUAAGUGUAAAUAUGAUUGCUGUAGAUACUUCAGCGAAGAUUGGCAAAUCUCCAAAAAAGCCCCAAGUAAUAGAGGAAUUCAUUGAUAGUGAUUCGGGCGAAUCUGUGGAUGAUAAUGACAGUAAUGCCAUUGAGUCAGGGGAUGAAGUAAACAGAAUGGAGAGUGCAGAUGAAGGAGCUGCUGAAGAUGUUGAUUUGGAUUCUGGUGAAGAGGGUGAUCAUUCAGAUUCAGAUAUUGAUUCGAACGAAGCACAGAAUGAUACUGAUAAAUCACAUGAAAAUCCUGGGUGGGCUGAUGCCAUGCAAAAAAUUCUUAGAACUAAAAAACCUAAAAGAAAGAAGACCAUCAUUUUGUCAAAAGCCAAAAAACUAUGCGAUAUUGUUUCAAAAAAUAAAAAUGAACAAGGUAUUGCCAUUAAAGGGGAUGAUGAAACUGUUAAACAAAAAGAACCAUCAGAAGGAUCCAAAAACAUUUUGAUCACCAAACAACAAGAGUUAGAACAUGCCAAACGAAAAAGAAGAGAAGCUGAUCUGGGUAUUCGAAUGAAACCAAAUGUCCUCGACAGAGACAGAGAGAGAACGCUACAAAAAAUUGCAAUGAAGUAUUAUGAUCAUUUACUAGGUGUAGUGCAAUUAUUUAAUGCAGUAAGACAACAACAAACAGAAAUAAAUAGACAAUUGGUGGAAGCUGGACCAUUGGAAAGAAAGCGUGAGAAAGUCUUAAAAAAUAUUGACAAAAGAGCAUUCUUAGAUGUGCUAAUGGGUAGCACGAGAAGUAUUCCAGUGGACAGUCCUGCUAAAAAUGAAAUGAAGAAGAAAGUUAUUACUACAGAGGAUGAAAAAGAGAAAGAGAAGAGUGACAAAGUGUGGAGCGUCCUGAGGGAUGACUUUACGAUGGGAGCAAAUUUGAAAGAUUGGGACAAAAAAGCACCGGAUGAGGAUGCAGAUUCCUCAGCCACCGAAGAGAUGGACAGCGACGAUUAAACUGUCUGCUUGGAAUUGCGUGAAGAUGGUUCCGUCUACUACGAGCAUCCUACCGUGAGGCAGAAGAAUUAUUGUAGGCGUCGCCACCAUCGCUUGAUCACUACUCCCAAAUCGAGGAUCCGGCUCAGGAUCUUCCAAACGGCAGCAGCAGUGCCUUCUGCAGAGCGAUCUGCAAAAUGGAGCACCCCAGCAACAGUAGGCGAAGAUGAAGCAGAGGACGGCGAGCAUCACUAACAGUGCUGCUACACCCUGGCCUUGUUGCGCUGCUGCCAGGCUUGGACCCCCAGCUACACCGACGCCGACCCCAAGGCCGAACGUGGCGCUGCUACCUCCACUGUUGCUGCUCAUUUCGCCUUUAACAGAUUAACAACAGGGUAUCAAGGGGUUGUGAAGUAUUAGUAUUACCAGGAUCUUUUUGUACAAAAAAGAUUGCUAGAUAUUCAAAAUGGUUUUUUUUUUGUAAAGGGACUUUGAUCCUAUAUUGUAUUAGUAUAUUAUCGAAUUUACGUCACGUUUGGAACAACUGCCAAUUUUUCUUGGCAUUUUGUAAGGAAAACGUUGCAGUAGCUUUUAUUUUGAUUUUUUAAUUUAAGGCUCGAUAUCUUAUUGUACAAUAGUAUAUACGCUUCACGAUUCUUAUUUUCAAGGUCGUUCAAUUGCGUCACACUUAUACACGUGCAACGAAUGCCAAUGCAAUUAAUUCAUUAGUAGAAUUAGAUUUUGUUGGAUAAGUAAUGUCUAAGUUGUAUCAUUCAUAAAUUCGGCUAAUAUCUAGUCAUGUGUUUCUGUGAGUGUAUAUAUAACGUAUAACAGUUUAUGGCAGAUGGCACCUUUGACCUCUAGUAUUGACUUUCCUAAGGUGUGCCCGGCCGCCAACCCACUAGAGAUUUACUAGUAAUCAGUUCUGAAAAUUUUUCAAAAUAAUUUACACGUUAAACCGAUUAUUAUUGGUACUUAAUUAAACAUAUAUCCACCUGUUA